GCAACGGUCGAGGGCGCGUGCGUUGCGCAGGCCGGGCUGCUGCCGCCGGGGCGCAUGCGCCGAGGCCGGAAGAUGAAGGUGGCGGUGGCUGGCUGCUGCCAUGGCGCGCUUGACAAGAUGUACGAGACGAUCCAUUUGCUGGAGCAGCGCCACGGCCAGGCGGCGCCGGAUCUGCUCCUGUGCGCCGGGGACUUCCAGGCCGUGCGCAACGCAGCGGACCUGCGCUGUAUGGCGGUGCCGGCCAAGUACCGCUGCUUGGGGGGCUUCGCGAGGUAUUACUCUGGAGAGAAGAAGGCUCCUGUCCUGACCAUCUUUAUUGGGGGCAACCACGAAGCCUCCAAUCACUUGCAAGAGCUACCAUAUGGCGGAUGGGUGGCACCAAACAUCUACUACCUUGGUUACGCUGGAGUGGUAAAGUAUCGCGGGGUGAGAAUUGGCGGACUCUCUGGCAUCUUCAAAUCUCAUGAUUACAGAAAGGGUCACUUUGAGUAUCCACCAUACAACCAACAAACAAUAAGAAGUGUCUACCAUGUAAGAAACAUUGAAGUCUUCAAGCUCAAGCAGCUAAAGCAGCCUAUGGAUGUAUUUAUGUCCCACGACUGGCCCAGAAGUAUAUAUCAUUAUGGAGACAAGAAAUUGCUGCUUAGGAAAAAAUCCUUCUUCCGCCAAGAAGUGGAGAGUAAUACGUUGGGAAGUCCUGCUGCUUCAGAGCUUCUGGAGCACUUGAAACCAACCUAUUGGUUUGCUGCACACCUGCAUGUGAAGUUUGCUGCAUUCAUGCAGCACCAGGCCAAUGGCAGUGGGAAACAGCCAAAAGCAACAAAAUUUCUGGCCCUGGAUAAAUGCUUGCCCCACAGAGACUUCCUACAGAUUGUAGAGAUUGAGCACGACCCAAGUGCAUCUGACUGCCUGGAAUAUGACCCAGAAUGGAUUGCUGUUCUUAAAGCUACUAACAAUCUUGUUAAUGUGUCUCCAAAUUCCUGGAAUAUGCCUGAAAACAAUGGACUCCAUGCAAAAUGGGACUACAGUGUCACAGAAGAAGACAUCAAGGCGGUUUUGGAAGAGGCGAACCACGACCUUAAGGUUCCACAUAACUUCAGUACCACAGUUCCCUGUUAUAACUCAAACAAAUUCCAGGAGCACAGAGAACCCGUUCAUCAAAUCAAUCCCCAGACGACUGAGUUCUGUGCCCGGUUUGGCCUCUUGGACAUUAAUGGCCGAAUCCAACAACUGAAAGAGGAGCACGGAGAUGAUGAUGAUGAAGAGGAGGAGGAGGUAGACAGUACUGGAUCAGCAGAGGAGCCCAGUGACUAUAAUACAGAUGUUUCUGGCUUGUCCUCUUCUAUCAACCCUGAUGAAAUAAUAUUGGAUGAAGACAGUGAUGAUGAAGAAGAGCCAGGCAGCUGCCCAGUGGACCUGUCGCCCAACCACUCUUCUGACGUCUCAGCAACUUUUUCCGACAUCAGGGUCAUGCCAGGUUCCAUGGCCGUGUCACCAAAUGAUACUGUGGAAAGUGAUGAACUGGAGAAAUCGAGUGAGAGAAACCAGCCAGAGGAGGUGAUCCCCAGUGAAACGGCCUUGAAGCGGCUAAGUGACACAAGCGAAGAAGGAAAGGGUGGGCCAAAGAAAAUUAAAAGGCGGAACCAGGCCAUCUAUGCUUCCAAAGAUGAAGAUGAGCUGGAAUGAGACAACCCCUUUGUUGACACUAUAGGCAGGAUCAUUGAUUGCUAUACCUAUUCAACUUUCGGGUCUUUUUUUGUGCAGGAUGGGAUUUUACAAUCUUACACAGUUUUUACACUUUAAUUGCAAUAAGCCCUUUUUAUAUUAGAGCAAAUAUUUUUAUUGGGGAACAAAUAUUGAUUUGGUAGAAAGAACUUGUAGGCAUCUGUGAUCCAACGGAGGACCUGUUGUUGUAUCCCUUUUUGCAGAUGCUUUCCAGACAAGGAGAAAAUACUUUGCAUUUUGAUGGAGGUUGGGAAAAGGACCUUUUUUAUAUAUAUAAUGGAGCAGGCUCAAAUUGAUUCAACUUCUUUGCUACUUAAGCUCACUUGCCUGCCCAUUGACAGCAAUUAGUUCCGAAUCUUGCAUUCAUUGGACUUUGCAUCAGUGAAUGUUAUGAGGUCUAGCUUUCUCAGGUAGUCCCUCCUCCUUCCUGCCCUCCCAGUGUUGAUGGGGAACCUGCUGCCUUCCGUAUAUUGAUGGACUCCCAAUUCUCAUCAUCCCUGAUCGUUGUCCAUACUCACUGGGGCUGAUGGGACUUAGCAUCCCAACAACGUCUGGAAGGUCAUGGGUUCUCCAUUCUUGGUUUUUGCCAUGUUAACCAUAGGAACAAAUAGGCUGUCUGAUGUGCACCAUUCCAGCUGUCAACCACAUUGAGAUUGUAAUUGAAAUAAUACUAUAUGAAAUUGGGAAAGUACAAUAAUCCUAUGGCGAGUUGAGCAUGUAAGAAGUGAAACCGCAACUUGGGGUUUAUUUUAAUGCCGUGAUUUACCAGGAUGAUAUAUAGGUCUGUAAAUAAAUCCUUUUGCACUA